UUGCAGUAGCUCCCGAAGGCACGUGACUUGCAGCGGCACAUCCUAAUGACGUACUCUGGAUUUUAGUGAAACCGUGAAGUGUAUUUAGGCCUGUAAAACACUUGUGUCUUUUUUAUCGUAUAACUAAUUCGCAAUGAACAAAAGCAAGGCCAGUGGCGUGUCUUGGGUGAAACCUGCGGAGCCAUCGUUUCUGAAGAAGUUUAAGAAGGAUGUUGGUUUUAAAGAAGGACCGACUGUUGAUACCAAGCUGCAAACAAUGCCAGUCCUGGAUGAUGACAGCGGCAGUGACAAGGAGGAUGAGCUCCCUCAGGUUGUGGUUCUGAAGGGGGGGGACCUGAGCGCAGAGGACGUGAAGAAGAUCAAGGACGAGCUGCGUCCUGCAGGAGAGAAAGAUGAUGCUGCUCCUCCUGAUGGUAAAAUCCUGUUCAAGAAACCAGCCAAACGCUCCUCAGACAAAUUCCAGGGCAUCAAGGCCAGCUCCAGCAAGAAGAAGAAGAGUGAAGAAGGAGAGGAUGGGGAGGAAGUGAAGAAAGAUGUAAAGUCCGGAAAGAAAGUAAAAAAUAACAGCCUUCUGUCAUUUGGAGGGGAUGAAGAGGAAGAGGAGAACUAACUGUUAUUGGUGAAAUGGAGGAGUGACAUAAACCCAUGUGACAGAAUCAUCAAGGGGACAACUGAAUAUGUAUGGUUGACUCUUUCAUAAUAUUGAUGAACAGGGGUUAAUUGAACUGGAGUUCUCCAACAGUGUGCAGCCUGUCCAUUUUGUAGUUGUUUUAAGGACAGUGCUAGUAUUUUUCCAUGUCUAAGCCCACUGAAUACAACUAGUCUAUACUUGAUGUUACUGUUUUAUUUAUUUCAGUACACUUUAAAUAGAUUCAGUUUUUCUUUACAUAACAAUUGCAUCUGAAUAAUUCUGUUUAUCCAGUCAACAUAAUGCUAAAUGAUCUUUGCAAAGUAGAGUUCACCUUUGAUCAUUGACCUACCUUUAAUAAGUUUCAGGUCUCCAGGAUUUGUAAAGUCCAUUAAGGCCUUUUAAAAAAAAUUCUGAAUCCGUGGAAGUUAAUUUGAAAACUGAAAUGAAUAGACACCCACCUAUUUUAAAUGGGCUUAAACAUCAAAUAUCACCAGUGUAGAUGUAUGUGUUGUUUGUCCUUUUCAUCAAACAUCUGGCAAGAGAACAUCAGCAAUAGGUGCUAAAGCUGUGCUUCUGUUUGAAGGCGCUCCUCCGAACAGCUGCUUCCAUUUCAUGCAAACUAUGCAAAUGAAUCUGACAGAUGGCAACACUACUUCCAAAAACCAGAAGGUUGAUUGUUAGUUAGAUUUCAUGCUAAUUGUACACUGCACAAUAGUCAAUCCUAACAGUGAACCUUUAAAAUAAAUAAUUGACACAUUUGUCAUAUUGUUGAGGUUGAAUGCAAACUGACACACUUUUGAUAACCUGUCCUUAAAGCGAUCUAUUCCACCUAAAAAUAACUUCUUAAAACCAGUUCAUUUACCCCCAGCCCAGUGUCUCGUGGUGACUCCUCCUAAAGGAGUCGGAACAUUUAAAGCUGCUUGUCGUGUGACAAGUGAAACACCUGCUUCUUUUACACAUCAUCUUUUUGUUGAUUUCUUUUUUUUAUCCUCAGCUGCUGUGUAUUUGUAUGUCUAAGUGUUUGUAAGACAUGGACGAUAAUUCAUUGUAGAAUUUUUAAUACAUUUAUGUACUGAAUAUAUUCUAGCUUCGAAAAAGGAGCUGUAACAGUACAACCAUGCAUUCUUGUCAAUGCAAUUGUAUGUUUUUUUUAAAGUGUUGAUUGUUUUUAUUGUGUGCAUUUUUAGGAAAAUGGUGGCUGUAACAUUUUAAAUAUAAAAUCAUAAAAACA